AUGGUUGACAACCAAAACCCUAAUAGAGAAAUAUUUCUCAAGUAUGCUUACAGUACCUUUGGAAGUGGAAGUGGAUCUUCAUCCGGAGGAGAUGAAGCAGCUAUGAAUAAUAAUAAUAAUGGUAAUUCAGAACAAGACAGGCUUCUUCCAAUAGCCAACGUUGGAAGAAUCAUGAAGCAAAUACUGCCUUCAAAUGCUAAAGUGUCGAAAGAGGCUAAAGAGACCAUGCAAGAAUGCGUUUCAGAGUUCAUAAGCUUUGUGACAAUUGAGGCGGCCGACAAGUGUCACAAAGAGAAGAGGAAGACUGUUAAUGGAGAUGAUGUUUGUUGGGCUAUGGGAAGUCUAGGGUUUGAUGACUAUGUUGAUCCACUCAGAAGGUAUUUGGAUAGAUAUAGGGAACAAGAAGGGGAGAGAUCACUAAUUAAUAAUAUUAAUAACAAUCAAAAUAAUACCAUCAAUACAUCAGAUGGGUAUCAUCUAGAAGAUGGGAAAACUACUUCAGGUUCUUCAUCUAUCCCUUUUCAGUUUAGUUUCAUGGAUUCUAAUAAGAGUGUAUAG